UCAUUUCCGGCUUUUGAGCUCAGUUCCUGAGCGGAGAGAAGCGGAGGUGGCAUGGCGGAGAAGAGCCCUGACCCAAGCGGCUCUGUGGCCCGGAGGUGUUCCGCCCUGUCUGCAGCCGACCGAAUACAUUCACCCACAAGUGCUGCAUCCAAGUGGGUUCGCCUUAACGUCGGCGGCACCUACUUCCUCACCACCAGGCAGACCCUGUGCCGGGACCCCAAGUCGUUCCUGUACCGCCUGUGCCAGGCCGACCCCGACCUCGACUCUGACAAGGAUGAAACGGGUGCGUACUUGAUCGACCGAGACCCCACCUACUUCGGUCCAGUGCUCAAUUAUCUGAGACACGGCAAGCUGGUGCUCAACCGAGGCCUCGCAGAAGAAGGUGUGCUGGAAGAGGCCGAGUUUUAUAACAUCACUUCGCUGAUCAAACUAGUGAAAGACAAAAUCAGGGAGCGGGACUGCAAAACAUCUCAGCUUCCUGUAAAACACGUCUACCGAGUCCUCCAGUGCCAAGAGGAGGAACUCACUCAGAUGGUCUCCACCAUGUCUGAUGGCUGGAAGUUUGAACAGCUGGUCAGUAUCGGCUCGUCCUACAACUACGGAAACGAAGACCAGGCGGAGUUCCUCUGCGUCGUGUCCAAAGAGCUGCACAAUCAAUCAUACGGCACAAACAGUGAGCAGAGCGACAAGGCUAAGAUUCUUCAGGAACAAGGCUCUCGCAUGUGACUGUGAAGCGACUGCUCUCUCGCACGGCUCGGGUCUUACACACCAUGACAUGCACAUCAUCAGGACGAGAGAAAAUGGCAAGAUGGCAAGAAGAGACGCGAUUCGGAGGUCUUUUAUUUAAAGGAAAAAAAAAAUCAUUUUAUGUUCAUACAAGAAAUCAAGCAGGAAUAUGCAUGUUAGAUACAAGGUUUAAAAAAAAAGGGCAACGUUUAAUAUCACGGUCCAGUUUACUCAGGGUUUCAGCUCGACGUUCUGAACUCACGGCUCACCGCAAAAAAUCUAUAUAUAAAUACAAUCAGUGUAUGGUUAAGAGAAUUGUUUUACAACGUGGUCCAAAUCCAUACGGUUACCGUAUUGUGCGUUGCAUUGCAGGUGUUACCAUGGCAACCGAUGCCUUGGUGUUGACCAGUGGUGUUUACUAUAAAAGUUCUUUUUUUUUUUUUUUUUUUUAAAUCCUUUAACACGGUCAACCACAGAGUUUGGUGGUGAUGGACGGAAACCUCUCCAAUCCGCCUAGUGUUAGACAGACCAGGAAAUAAAAAACAAACACGUUCUUCAUGAUUUAUUAACUAUUUUUGCAGAAAGAAAUAAAACGAGAUGUAAAUGUCGAAAGGCGGUGCUGAACUUCGUCUUCCAACGUUGGAUUCAUUCCAAAUGGUUUGCAGUUUACUUGUUUGUUUGUUUUUGUUUGUUUUUUAACUCCCAAGUGUUCAAGAGAGCUCUUGGAGUCAAGUCCUUUUUCGUAUUUGCAAACUCUUUUUUUCCCCCCAUUAAUUUAUUUAAUCUUUUUUGCCUCUGCUGUUAAAAACAGCUUUAUUAUCAACACGACAGUGACUGUUACUAUGUAGAAUUAUUUUAUUUUCUUCUUUUACUGACAGACGGAGGAAAUGGACAACACUUUGUGUCAUUGUGUUUAAAACACGGUCACACUCGGGGUGGGGAUGUAUCCAUACCAAAAGUCCUGAAUGGCACUAAACAUCGAGUGGAGAAUAAAGAUGCUGCAGUUAGUUUUGAAAAAAUGUGUAAUUUUUUUUUUUUAAUUUUUGAAAGUAAUUUUUAGUUGAAUAAACAUAAUUUUUUUUUUGAGAAAUAUUUUUAUUUUUUAAAAAAAGCGUAAUUUUUUUCCCCCAGUAUUAUUUUACCCAUUCUCCCCGAACUGGUGCCGCUUUAAUGUUUAAAAAAAUAAAAAUAAAAACCAUACCUAAAACUGUAGCAGUUUGCAAUUAAGUAUAAAUAAAGCUCAGAGCAAUUUUUUAUUUAUUUUUUUUUUUUGCAUUAUUUUAUUUAUUUAUUUUUUUUCAUAGAGUAAAAUUCUCCAUGGUUUUUCUAGUUGUAAUAUUUGGUGUGAAGAAUUUUCUGAUGUCGUUGCCUUUACAUUAAGACCAAUAAAAAUGUCCGAGUCUCCGUGUGGUCAGGGACACGCAGCAUAUCCGUUUAACGCUGUACGUCACGCCGUUGUUUUUUUUGUUUUGUUUUUUUCCCUCCGUCUAUCUUUCACACGCAAAGGGCUUUAAAAUGGAGUAGUAAAACAUGAGGUAUAACUCCGGCGGAGGUCCAGACGAUCUCGCUCUACACAAGCCUGAUCAAGGCGACGUUUACAUGGCUAGUGUUUUCUAAUCGAUGGUUGUUUUUGUUUUUUCACGUUUACGUAGACGAACCGCCGCACCAUAGCGCAGUUUGGCUGGGUUUCGAAUCUUCUCUGUUUACAUAUCCUCAAACUAGUUACUGUUCCAGCCUGUGUCUUGGCAAUCAGGGGACCUUUACACGGUCCUCGUCAGUGAAGCGAUGACCGACUAGCUCACUGCACCAGUGUCUUGUGAAACAUGCCUUCGUUCCCGCGAGGCCGAAAAGUGUCGUCCAUCACGGCGCUGUAUUUUCUCCCCGACUCGCAGGGAGGUGUAGCCUUCCUCGCACAUACACUUGGACGCCUCGCUCCCUCUGCCUCUGCACGUCUGCCUCUUUCCUUUGGUUCCCCCGUCUCUCCUCCUACUUAUUAUAAUUAUUAUGAUUAUUUUGUAUGUAUAGAGCUAAUUUUUUUUUUAUUAUUAUUUUUGCGUGCAAUCCGUAUUUUUUAAAAUCGAGCAGAAACAGGCCGAAGGAGCAGGCCCCUCUGCUCCACUUUGUCACUGCUGUUCCUAUAUUACUAUCCUAUAAAAUGUAUUUUUUUUUUUGUAUGGAUAUUUUUAUGCUUAAAACUGUGUAUACACAUUAUGAUAUGUAAUUGCAAGUUAACAACUGGGGAAAAAUGUAUAUGAUGGUAAUGUU